AUGCCAGUCGGGGAUGUCGUGUACGCGAUCGACCUGAUAGAGGUGCUGAAGAAGAAGCACGGGAUGAAAGGGUACAAAAGGAUGGUGAUGUAUAUAGCGGCAUGCGAGUCCGGGAGCAUUGUCAAUGGGUUGCUCCCUGAUGAUGUGAGUGUGUACACGACCACCGCGUCGAAGCCUGACGAGCUUAGCUGGGCUUGUUAUUGCCCAGGCGAGGAUGAUAGUGAUGAUGAUGACCAAUCUCAUCAAUCUGCUCCCCCCGGCUCCCCUGACUAUUACGCCACUUGCUUGGGUGACUUUUACAGCGUCGCUUGGCUCGAGGACAGCGAUGUGCACGACCCACGCAAGGAGACUUUGAGGCAACAGUAUGAGAGGGUUCAAAAAGUGCCGGAUGGCUCUCUGGAGCAGUUGGAAGCAGAAAAGAGGCUGCGGGAUGAAUUGCUCUACCGGGAGGAAGUGGAUCGCAAGAUAGGCAAGAUUGCAAAGCUAUUGCUCAGUGAAAAGGAUGUAGCAGCUGGACUGUCAAGCGUCGUCCUACCUGAACGUGAGGGGGAGCCUCUCGUCGAUGAUUGGGAGUGCUUCAAGUCGAUGUUGAGGACCUACGAAGAGCGUUGUGGAGCGUUGACUCAUUACGGGAGGAAGUACAGUCGAGUGAUGGCCAACAUGUGCAAUGCAGGAAUAAACCAAGAUCAAUUAACAUGGGCCUCGACUAAAGCUUGUUCCUAG